AUGCCUUCAAAAAGUGCUAUUCAAAAGAAACUUAAACGAAACAGAACCUUUCGUACUGAAAGAAAAACAGAAAAUCUUCAAGAACAGCUUGCUCAUCUUCAUUUUUCCCUUUGUUUAGAAGAGCAAAAGAGACUCCUUGCUGA